AUGCGCAUUCGAAAGUUCACCACCAGCAUCCAGCUUCUCCUGGUCUUGGCAUUGCUCCUGCUCGGUUUGCUCUUGUUCCAGAGGAGCCUAGAGCCCCCGCAAGGUGCUCGGCCUCAACCCAAGACCCAUGUGCUCAUCCUCUCCAGCUGGCGCUCUGGGUCCACCUUUGUGGGGCAGCUUUUCAGCCAGAACCCAGAGGUUUUCUACCUGAUGGAGCCGGCCAAGCAUGUGUGGAAGCGCAUGCCCUGGGGCAAUCCUGAACUUCUCCAGGGGUCCUUGAGGGACUUGCUGCGUUCCAUUUUUCUCUGUGACAUGAGGCCCCUUUGCGCCUACAUUGAAAAUCCUAGCAAGGUGAAUCACCUCUUCAUGUGGCCAAUGAGCCGGGCCCUGUGUUCCCCUCCAGCUUGCAAAGCCUUCAGCCGCUCAGAUAUUGUAAGCUUUGAGCAGUGCGAAGCCCAGUGCGGCCACACUCCCUUCCAGAAAAUUUCAGAAGCCUGUGCCACCUACAGCCAUGUGGUAGUGAAGACUGUACGCAUCUUCCAGCUGGAAGCCUUGUAUCCGCUCCUCACAGAUCCCUCCCUGCAUCUUCAUGUAAUCCACUUGGUCAGGGACCCUCGAGCUGUUUAUGCUUCCCGGAAGAGGGUUUCUCUUCUCCCUGAUGAUCUGCUCAUCAGCAACGCUGCCAACGUCACCCCUGACACUCAAGGGGUCAUGCGAAAGAUCUGCCACAGCCAGACUGAGAUGUACCUCACUGCCUUGCAACACCCGCCUCCGGCCUUGAGGGGGCGAUAUCUCCUGACCCGUUAUGAAGACCUGGUGAAAAACCCCCUGGGACAACUGGCGGAGUGGUACCGAUUCACUGGCCUGACUUUCUCCUCUAGACUCACAGCCUGGGUCUACAACAUAACACACUGGCCCACCGGCAGUGGCAACACAGGGCCCUUGGGAAUACAGAAAAAUGCCGACAUGGUCUCCCAGGCUUGGAGGAAGCACCUCAGCUUCCAGGAGGUACAAGAACUCCAAGCCAUCUGCAAGCAAGCUAUGGAGGCCUUCAGUUAUAAACCUGUGAGAACAGAGGAGGAUCAGAGAGAUUUGAGCCUGAACCUUGUCCUUCCUCAAAGAAAAAUGAGGGGCCAAAAAAAAGGGCCACAAACAUAA